UUGGCAGUAGUAGUAGCAGCAGCAACAACAAUAACACGGCUAGCAACACUGGGGAGAACGAUUGAGAAAUGUUCCCUUUGUAGCUCGUAAAUAAUGCUUUAACACAUAUAGACAAAACGUUUCCACGAACGGAGUCAAAGCAUAAACCUAGGAGGAGGCGAAUUCACGCGUCAUAUUUUGUUUUUAAUACAGAAAAAACAUGUUGCCUUUGCUGUGACGCGCAGACGAUAGAAGCUAACUAGCUGCACUGUUAGCUUGUUUAACGCUACACUCAGUCAGGUUCUCUUCUUGGGUUUUCUGUUUAAUGUCACUGAGCUCCGGUACCGCGUGCAGACAUGGAGAGCUUGUACAAGCGGAAAAUGUUCGCGUCGAUGCGGAAAACCAAGGUGGACGCAUCGAAGAAGCGGCAGAUUGGCCUCCCCGCCUCCAUCCUGGACGACAGUGACGAAGGCUCUUUCUCCUCAUCCUCCUCCUCCGGAUCCCAGUCCGACUUCCAGAGCUCCCCCGAGGAGGAUAGCGAACAGGAGGAUCGGGACCGGAGCGAUUCCGGGGCGACUUCCAGCGACGACAGCCGUUCUGUGACUCGCAGAAAGCGCUCGUUUCUGGGAGGUGAUGACAGCUCCUCGUCUUCAAGUCCCGGGGAGGAGGAGGACGAGGACGACGACGAUGAGGAGGACAGGAGUCAGCCGAAGAGGAUGGUGCAGCCCAGGAAGCGGAGCAGGCUGCAAAGGCAGGACGAGUCGGACUCCGACCAUGCGGAGGAAAAGAGGAGAGAGGAGGCGGAGAAGGCAAAGAGGAGGCAGAGACACAACAAGCUGCUGGCACUGUCUCGCAGGAUGAAAGCCAGAGUCCCGAACCGGAGGAGAAGCCGCCUGAAGCAGGAUGCAAGUGACGAGGAAGAGUCUAAAGAAGCUGAGGAUGAGGCCGGUGGUGACGAAGAUGGAGGCGGAGGAGAAAACGGCAGCAAGAAAGAGGCUUCAAAAGGUGAUAAUGGAGGCAGAGAGGAGGAGAAAGACAAAGAAGAGGAGACAGAUGGACAGGAAGAAGAGGAUGAGGUGGGGAAGAAGUAGACCCACACCACAAUAUAGGACAAAGAAGCAGUUUUAAUAUGAAUAACUAAAAACUUAAACUGUCUGAAAGCUCAUAACUGUUAGUCUAUACAGUUUUUUUUCCUCCAUAGAAAGUGGAAAACAAGCACCAAGAACUGGAGUCUCAAGGGUUUUUUGUGGUCAUAUCUGUUGCUAUAGAAACACCAUAGUGACAUGCAGUGUAAAAACAUAUAUCAUUUGGACAGCUAUGUUGACUUGUUAUGUGGUUUUUGUGAAAAAGGUGGGGUCUGAAAUGGGACACAACCUUAGAGCGAGGCUGAGAUGGAAAAGUGGCUCGUGGAUGUUUGUCACACCUGGUUCAGUGUCCUGUGAUGAUUUUUAGUGAUGCAUCUCUGCUGAUCUGCUGGCAUUAGUCGAGUCACUUUUAUUUAUCUAUUUAUUCUUAUGUCCUUAAUCCCUGUUGUUGAUCCCAGAUGCCACUCACGAUCCACAGACAGAUGCAGCUUUUCACCAGCAGUAUUGUGUAAUGCAGGUAGCUUAUAAUGUACGGUGCAAGAGUAGAAAUCUUUGAAGGAAUCUGUCACUGAUGCAAGCCUCUACUUUUGUGGUUGUUAAUGCUACAUUCACAUCAUAUGGGAUAGAUGGUAAAGAAGGAUUCCCAUGUUAACGACUUUCAGAUGUUCACGUCAUCAGACAACUCAAGAUGUUUAAUGAUUACAGCGUUGGUCAAGUACUAAAAAGUAGUAAAAAUACUGUGCAUUUACUGUAUAACAUUGUAUCCUUUAAAUUUGGGGUUAAUCACCUACAGUGAUGUUCUUUGGCUCCCAGAUGUUUUCCAGAGAGUUUCCCAGUCGUGGUUCCAGCUUGAACGUUGAUGUUAAUGUGCUAGCUGUGGCUACAUGUUAUUCCCUUAGAGCUGACAUAGUGAAUGUAGCCUGUUGGACAGUUGGACAUGUUUUGAAUACCAUCAGAGGCUUAAGCUGUACAUAUAUAUACAGCAGUGGCAGACUCAGAAUUGACAGAUGACACAAAAAAAGAGUCAUAUACCAUCGGUGCUGCUGCAGCUUCAGUGUUAAUUUGAGUAGAGGCACCAUUUCUCUUCCUUUAGUUUGUAUUGUGUUUCUGCUGGAGGAAGAAGGACAGUUCACUGAGUGAGGCCUUUAUCAGUGUUGGUUGAUUGACUGUGGGACAUGAAUCUCACCGGGCUGAAAUAUCGGAACAACGAGAAGCUGAAAUGUUCCUUUUUUUAAUAAAAUAUCAACCGUGUGCAUAACAACUACAAGAGAGAAGCAUUGCGAUAAGAAACACCCAAUCAGAGAUUCAACUUGUUCUGUUCCUGUCCUGAUUGCAGUGACGAAGCAUUCUGAGUAUGAGGAAACUGAUUUCACAGUUGUGAAUGUACAGUGGCUGCUGAGGCUUCUGGAUACUGCAGUAUUUAGAGACAUUCAAUAUACCCAACUGACAGUAAGCAGAUUCUUUUUUUGGUGCACUUUUCUUCUCUUUUAGAACAUGAGAUUUUGUUUGCUGGCUGUUCCUGCAAAGCAGACUUGUUUCUUUGUUUUUAUUUCUCACUCUCUGACAGGUUCCUGGCUGAUGUCAGCAAAGGAUUUAGGCUGAAUGAUUUCAGCCAUGAGCUGAGCACUUGUCCAUUUUAUUGUACAGUAGCUUCUUUUUAAUUGUUUCAUUUUUAAAGCAAUGGUUGAAGAAUUAUCUGUAUCUUUGGUAGUUCUGUUCAGCUCUUCUAUGAGUUAAAAGUACUUUUGACUUAGCUGCCAGCCUCUGGUUACAGUUGCUUCAAUGUGACGAUUUGCUGUUUGUUUCUGUCUUAUGUAAACUGAAUAUCUUUGGGAUUAGUAUUGACUACGAAGACUUCUCAAUACACGACCUUGGACUUGGGAAAAUGUGACAUUUUUCCUAACAUUUUAUAGCAAAAACAAUUGAAAAAACAGUUAAAAAAUCAAUGAAUAUCCAGUUUUAAUCAUUCAUAGAAACUUUUCCUGUAAAUUUUAGGUAUUCACUUUUGGUUUUCCCUCCAGAAGUAAUUGAUGGGACUAAGAGUUCUGAUAAACAUACACAAGGAGCAUAUAUAUUCAUUCUUAGCCUUUAGUCGAUAGAAAUUCUGGUAAAAUGCUAUCACAGCUAACAGGAAAGAUGGAAAGAACUAUCAAAAUAAGGUUCAGACUCAAGAGAAGCGGUCAUUUUUUAUGUCAUCUGAGAUUCUGGACAUUUUUUGUAAAUGCAUAAAAUGGACUGCAGCUCACUUUUUGCACUUGCUAACAGCAUUUAAUUUGGCUUGGUGAGUCAUUUUUAGAUGGUAACAUAAACAUGUGACAGGAGACAAAAUACUGUCUUUCCUGUACUGUAUAUAAAAUUUGUGCUGCCCACCCAAAAACUUUCUAUGUACUUUUCUAUUUAUUUAUUUCUGUCUAAAGUCUGUCACAGUGAUGCAUUCAUGGGCUAAUAUAUAAACUGGACAAAUAAUGUCCCUAAUCACAAUUUGCUCUUUACAAAUAUUCCCUUCAUUUCUUCUUUCCUUCCUUUCUUUUCUAUAUCUGUGUUGGUGUGUUUAAGUACAGUUGUACAGAUCAUACAUUUAGACUGUUUUGCAUAGCUUUCUGAGCUUUUGACAAACCCAAACAAGCUUUCGGCUGUUGAGAAUGUUGUAAAGAAUGUUUUUUUAUGUCCAGUGUUGAGUCUGAGGCUGCUCAAGCAGAGCAAAAGUUCUAGAAAGUUAGAAAGUGUUGAAGAGUCCUGUGGCCUUUCCUGCUUUUCUCACUCAACUACAUAACGCAGAUUAUAUGUACAUGUAUAUACAGUAUAUACACAUAUACUGUAUCUCAUUAAGAAGAGUGAUGACACACACAUGUCAGAGUUACAUAUCAGUGCUGUAUAUUUAGUUGUUUUCCAGUGUAGUGUACUUCUGGUCUUUUGUUGCUGUAUAAAGCUCUUCAGACCAAACUGCCCUGUUGAAAACACAUCUUUUAUUAAUAAAGUCUCUUUUUUUGACCAACAAAUUUUGUGUUGGAAAUCAUCACAUCUUAACUUUGGUGGCAUAUAAUUGCAUUUUGAUGAAUUAGUUUGUCCUAGUUGUAAAAUAUUGCUCCUUUAUUGUUACAUGUGAAAACCUGCAAGAUAAACCAAGUGCUGAAACCUCAGGACAGUAACAUCAAAACACUCGUUUCAGGUCUCUCAGUUUGGUUACCACAUGCAGAAAAACAGUUCCCGUGAUGCAUUGAUAAAGCCUUCAUUAAAGGAUUUCAUUCAUUCAUUUUUUUUUU